AGGAUAAUAAACUGGUCAUAUGUCAGUUCAGAUUGUCUUCAAGAUGUGUAUAUAGAAUAGUUAUAUUAAAUAUGAAAUUACAUUUCAGUGCAUGAAAUUCAUUAUUUGUGAUUAAAAAGUAUAGUAUUUGCUUCGAAGUGUUUAUCUACUAACUAGAUUUUCGGUACUUCCUGGACACGUCGUCGUAGCAGCCAGACAUCUCAGUUUACCUGAAGAGUAAAUUCGUAUUGAAUUAGCAAUGGAGACAUUAUACGGUGUACCUUUCGCAGUGUUGGAAUGUCCUAAUAUAAAACUCAAAAAGCCAUCAUGGCUGCACAUGCCGUCGGCUAUGACAGUCUAUGCGAUUGUUAUUGUAUCGUACUUUCUCAUCACUGGAGGCAUCAUCUACGAUGUCAUUGUGGAACCACCUAGUGUGGGUUCAAUGACCGAUGAACAUGGGCACCAGCGGCCUGUCGCCUUUUUGGCAUACAGAGUGAAUGGCCAGUACAUCAUGGAAGGGUUGGCCUCCAGUUUCCUCUUCACCAUGGGAGGCUUGGGCUUCAUAAUCCUAGAUCGCUCGAAUGCCCCAAACAUCCCUAAACUCAACCGCUUUCUUCUGUUGUUCAUCGGUUUUGUCAGUGUCCUGCUCAGCUUCUUCAUGGCCAGAGUGUUCAUGAGAAUGAAACUGCCUGGGUACCUCAUGGGUUGAAGAUGGCCACAACACAUUACGAAGACAGAAUGGUGAAGGACUGCCAAAGAUUUAAGCUUCAAUUGAUUUAAGCUAGCCUAAAAUGUUAUGAUAACACAUUUAAAUUGCAAAUAAAGAAUUGACAGUAACAUCUGUCCCUGGCAAUAAGCCUUUGACCAUGUUUGAGUGAUGUGACAUUUAAUACAAUGUGCAUCUCAAUAGUCGAGGCUUCCUAUCCUCGUCUCCUUUCCUUCCACUAAAUUGUGCGAUGGAAUUCCCUUACAGGCUGUAUUGCAAACCUGUCUUCAGUUCAGUAAUGCAGAUGGCGAGAAUGUGGAGACAAAGCCACUAUAGACCAUUGAGAUGCACCCAUUGGAAGGAGGGACACUUUCCUGAUUAUAAAUCUGAAUGAGCAGUAAAUUUGUGGGUUUUUGGGGUUAUUGAUAAGUAAUGUUUUGUAGACCAUUCUAUCUUCCUAAAUGCCUUCCAACAUGUCACUGUGUGUCUAUUAGGAACUUAAAUAAAUGUUAUUUCUAGAAAGCU